CAUAUAUCUUGAAAGUUCUUAAGCGUUCGUAUUGGUCUAUAUAAUGAAAACCCGGAAACAUCCAGUCACAGAUAAAGAUCAAUAUUCUUCCGUUUCAGAAAAAGAUGGCUUUCAGGGCUACUAGCUAUUGGAGAUCAACGCUGAUGCGACUGGGAGGAAACAGAUCGUUUGCUUCCUCAACCACUCCCAGAAUGAAACUGUUUGCACCGACGGUCGAUGCAGCUCACGGCGAUACCCAUAAUUCGAGGUUGGCUAUGAAGGGGGAGUUCUUUCCAGUGUAUAUGGUGCUGGGAAUGGUGAUGGUAGCAGUGACUAUGGGAACGCAUACGGCCAAGCAGCAGCUCAUGCAUUCUCCGACGGUUUAUGUCAACAAGAAGAGGAGAGAAUCCCUGCCGGAGGUGGAGGAUCCGGACCGGGUUAUUAGUUAUGCCGAUAAGUUUGUCAACAAGUCUUUCCUCAGGAAGGUGGCUCACAUCCAGGACCCCCACCGCACCCUCCCUGAUCCCGUCCGCCCUGACCCCUUUACUAGGCCUCGAACUGCAGAGACCCUUAAAUCGGUUGGAGUGGAUCCUGCACGCCACUGACUUUUCUAGAAUCUUAUAUCUAGGAUAAGCUGAAACAAAUAUCCACGAGAGCCAAAUAUGUCUCCUUUCAGACAUAAUCUUGUCAGAAUUUGAUGGUGUCACAUUUGUACAUAGUUGUGUGCCUUUUAUAUUUUCCUGCUUUGGUUCAGAAGCUUAUUCUGAGUGCCAAAUGAAAUGAGCCCUCCCUCGCUCGGGCGAGAGGAAAGGUGGCUUCUCUUUUCUUGUUUUCCCUUUUGUGUGGUCGAAUAAAGCAAAAGACACCAUUGUAUUUAUAA